AUGUUCUCCCGCCGCCGGAGGGCUGCCUCCAACCCACCCCAGCGAUCCGCGCCCAGCGCAUCCGCCUCGCUCGCGGCCACCAAGGCCUUUGCGCGCAACCAAGAGUCGGACGCGACCCUCUCCAACGCCGCCGCCGCCGCCGCCCUGCGCUCGCACACGUCGAGCCCGACGCCCGUCGGCGAGCUGGUCACCAAGCGCAUGGUGCGCCGCGGCUCGACGUCGUCGCAAGGAGGCAGUCCGCGCCCGCCGGGCCUGCAGCGCCAGUCCAGCUCGGGCUCCAUGACAGAGCGCUCGUUCCGCAACCCCUCGCCCAGCGGCCCCGUGCCGCCCGUGCCCGCCGUGCCGCAGCCCGCCAGCAACGUCCACCGCCGCGCCUCCAGCCUCGAGCCCGUCAGCCGCGGCGGCUCGCCGACCCAGCGCGGCGGCGGCAGAGGCGCAGCGCCGGCGAACCGCAUACAGCGCGUGGGCAGUCCGCUGGCCCAGGUGUCCGAGGAGGCCCGCGACCCGCGCCAGUCGGUCAACUUCUCGCGCCCCAUGUCGCCCGCCCUGCCCGCCGCCAGCGCGCCCGCGACCAGCCACGGGUGGUUCGCCGGGCCCGUCGUGAACCAGGAGGCCGUCCAGCGCAUGGCCUCGACCUCGCCCCCAAAGUCUGCGGCGCCCCCGAGCAACACCUACCUCGCCAACACGGCCCAGGCGGUGCAGAACGCCGCCAGCCGCCCCGUGUCCACCCACUACGUGCAGCACGGCCAGGAGGGCGCGCGGCUGUCCAGCGGCAGCAUGCGCGCAAAGCCCGCGGGCACCGCCGUGCAGUCGCGGUCCUUUCUGCCCCCCAGGACCCAGUCGCCGCGGCCCGUCGACCCCAAGUCGCCCGAUGCCGUCUACGACCCCUCGACGCGGACCUUCAUCCAUAAACAGGACGCCAUGACCAUCCACCGCGAGCAGCACGAGCAGCCCGAAGAGCCGCAGCACUACCUCACACAGCACCUCCAGUCGGCGCCCCUGCAGGCCGGCCGCGGCCGCACGCCCAGCCCGCUGCGGUACUCGGUGCAGCCCGAGCAGUCGCCUCCUCGUGCAGUGCAGCCGCCUCGCGCAGCGCAGUCGCCUCCUCGCGCAGCGCAACCACUCCUACCCGAGCCCGUGGCCGAGACGCAGCGAUUCGAAGAACUCCCAGCCACUCCACCCACGCAGCCACGACAGGAGAUCGAAAACACCGCCAGGCCCCGUAUCGAGCCAGUCAGCUUCAUCCCCGUCGAAAUUGGCCAGCCCGCUGAGAGCCAGCUGUCGCCGCAGUUCGCAGCGAACCAGGACAGCUCGUAUCCACGCAUCGACACAACGCCCAAGCCAGCGUCCAACGAGCCUGUGGCGCGAAUCCGCGACAACGUCCGCACCGAGAGACAAGCCUCUCUCAGCCCAGCCCGCCACGCCACUUUUGCGCCAAACGCGAGCGUACUCACUGGCCUCAAGCACGAGCCGCUGCAGCGCUCUAUAUCACCCGCCAAAUCUGCCUUGAAGUCGUCGCCGUCCGUCUCCCGGCGCAGCAACUCCCCUCUGGGGCCAGUCUACAACAAGACGGCCUCCGUGAGUGGAGCGUCCGACACUGCCUCUGAGAGCGGCUACGGGAAGAAAAAGAAGACCGUCCGCGUCAGUUUCGAGCAGGAGCCCACCAUCGCAGGCCAUUCCGCGUACGGCGACAUGGACACGCCCGUCUCGCCCGCAGGCCCUACACCCUCCAAGCCCGUCCCAGCCGUUCGCGACGAGUUUGAGGAUUUCAUGCAGCCCCGCCCCGCCCUGCCCUCGUUUGGCAGCGUCCGCGACACAGCCCGGCCCCGCGACGAAGAGGAUACGCCCGAGAAGGUCACCGAGACCGUGUCGACACCCAUGUCAGCAUCCGUGGCGUCCGUGGGAGAGCCCGUGGAUGCUUCGUCCGACCUUGGCCUCGGCCACAUUGUUGCUCAAGAUUUCGCGGCCAAAAACGCGGCCGUCAGCGACCCGCUGCCGCCGCACGUCACGUCGGUCGAGGGCAGUGGUUAUGUCUCCGACUCGAACUAUUCGUCGGAUGACGAGUCGAGUGUGACCAAACACGCCGAUCCGGUGUCGGCCGCGCAGUCGCAGGUCUUGCCUGAUCCUGAGCCCAAGUCUCUUACAAAACCGACGGCAGAGCAUGUUGCAGUACCGGCAGAGCCUGUUACACUACCAGCCGAGCAGCCCUCUACACUACCAGCACCUGAUACCCUGCCAGCGCCUGAUACACUACCAGCAAACACUUCUACACUACCAGCACCUGCUACACUACCAGCAAUCUCGGAACAGGUUGUUGAAGUGCCCAACAUUGCCGUCCUCCCAGCGACGCCCAGUCCGUACCUGCACCCUGAGCCAACAUUCCAAACCUUGUCGGCACCCGGUGGCUGGACCGACGAUGAGGACAUACAGCCUGCCACAACCACAUACCCGCCUGUGACAUUCGCGCCGAUCGAGACGCCCGCUACGAUGAAGCAGCAGUUCAACGAGCCACCCAGAACCCCCAGAACCGACGAUGACAUCUCCGACGACAGCAGCGUGUACAGCGACGCCUACGAGGACAUCUCCGAGGACCAGGGCGGCUUCGGCAGUAUUAACGCGAUUGUCGAAAGCCCGGUGAUCGGUUCGAGUCCCGGGCUGUUGGGUUCCAAAUGGGCCGACAGCAGCGUCACCGACAGUCCCAUGCCGCAGCCCAAGGGCGAUGUCUCGUCGCUCGCCAAGGACCAGCUGGACACCUCCACAAGCGACUGGGAGGCUGCGCGCGCGCACUGGAGCGGCGUCAACCGGCCCAGAGACCACGCUGACCCGCAGAUGCCCACGCAGGCACAGAGCAAUGCUGCUCGUGUGUUGCAGGCUCCUGUGCAGGAAGCGGAGCUUCGAACGCGCACGGCGCCGCAGACUGCGACAAAGGCUGUUGAGACUCCGCGGGUAUCCAUGUCGGAGGCACCGCGAGCAUCCAUGUCGGAGGCACCGCGAGUAUCCAUGUCAGAGGCACCAACGAGGACAUCGAUAUCGUCGCCUGCGCAGACACCAAACAAGCCCCUCAAGUCUGCUCUCAAGAAGACCACGCCAUCGCCAGCACCCGCUCCGGCACGCGCGCAAGCGCCCAGCUCGGGUGUGCCGCAGAUGAGAACAAGCAUGCGCGGUGCUGCACCCAGGGAUGGAUCCUCGGGCUCACAUAUGCGAACCACAAUGCGUGGCAACGCAAGCCCCGGACCACGAGCUGCACCUCAGAUGCGCGCAAGCAUGCGUGGAGACGCACCGACAAACAACAUGGCGCUUGCCGCGUCUCGCCAGAGCGCGCCCGACACCAAGCCGAGGGGUGCGCUGCAGAAGAAGCACAUCCCAGCUGCUGUGGCUGCCCGACCACAGAGUCUGCCGGCUUCGAAGGCCCCAGUGCCGACUUACGACAGCGACUCCGACGCGUCAGCAAGCAGCUUCCAGCGCAGCCGCGCCCGGCGAGCGGGUGGCGGGGGCUUUGCCAGAACGUCCAUGAGAGGCCCGCCCGCAGGACCUACCAUGAGAGCUUCCGCGCCCGCCCCAGCCCAGGUCCGAUCGAUCUCGCCGCCCAAACCGGCUCAGAACCUCCGCCAGUCCAUGCGGCCAUCGUCGCCCGAGCCUGUGAAGUCGUCGAGGUUCAGCAUCAGGUCGCUGUCGCCCGCAGGCCGCUUCCGCAAGAAGCCAAAGGACGAGCCUCCCCCGCCGAUGCCGCAGCCAGCUGCAUCCGUCAAGCCCGUUGCAUUCGUCAAGGCGCCCAAGGAGAGGGCAGCUCCCGCCAAGACCAGCACGUUCAAGAGCCGCUUUGCCGACUCCAGCGACGAAGACGAAGACCGCCCCAGCCGCUUCCGCAGCCGCUUCGCCGACUCCGACUCGGACCCCGAGCCCUACGAGCUGCCCCCCGGCCUGACCCCCGUGCGCGGCAUCCCCCGCAAGGCCGGCGAAGAAGACGGCGACUCGACAGACCUCGAGGAGGAGGUCGAGCAGACCCGUCCGGCGGUCCCGGUCCCGGCGGUCACCAACGGCCACACCAACGGCGCCCAGGGCGCUCUCCUAGCCACCGGCUCGCUACGUGACAGCAAGCACGCCCCCUCCCCCGCCAAAGAGAAACGCGGCUUCUUCGGCCUAGGCAAGAAGAAAAAGACGCCAACGACACCCACCCCCGCGCCCACCCCCGCACACCCACACCCCGCCCCCGACUCCCCCUCCGACAUCCCCGCGCCCCCGCCGCUCCGCCCCCGCUCCCCCGCCGGCCCACUGACCCCCAUCGGCGAAGCCGACGACGACGACAAGCAACUCGCCCCGGCCUCGCCCCCCGUCAAAGCAUCUCCCCGCUCCCCCAAACUCCAGCGCCGCACGACGCCCGACUGGCCGCUCGCGACGCCGCCGCCCAUCGACGCCGCCACGCGGCCCAUGAGCGCGGAUGGCGCGCCCAAGCGUCCGCGGUUCGGGACCAGGGGGAGUGGGGUGUCGACUGCUACUGCACCUGCGACGGGGACGGCGGCGGCGAUAGGGACGGGUUCAGUGGGGGGUGUUGGAGCGGUGCUCGAUGCGCAGGGUAGGAGUGUGAGCUACGGGCGCUCUGGGCGGAAGAAGAAGUUCCAGGGGCUGAGGCGCGUGUUUGGUAUUAAUGACUGA